AUUUUAUGUUUUAUCUUUAUCUUUUCUUUUUUUCAUUUAUUUAAUGGCAAUUUACGACUAGUAAGUAAUCCGACGCUGUAUUUUGAAGAAGAAAUUCUAGCGAUUACAGAGCAUCUGAUGCAGAAACGUCAUGAAGAAGGCCGGAAGUGAUGUUUUCAAUCUGAGCCGUUUAUUUUGAAAGGACACUGGAUUGAAGGAACUCUAAAGAUUUAGGGUUUUCUCUGUGAAUGGAUUGGAAUUCAUGACGGAUUUUAGGGUUUAAGAUCUGAAUUUGAAUGUGAAUUUUUCGGGACUUGUACGGUUUUGUUUCUCUGGUUUGUGGUUGUCAAAGAUCGGUCCUUUCACUCUGUAGGAAACGAGACAGUGAGAUCGAUUUCACAAAAGAAAGGAAGAACUGAGGUGCAGGGAGUGCAAAUUUAGGGGUUUUUGUCUUUUUAGAAUGCGGUGAGAUAAAAGCCAAGGAAUGGAUCAUCAGAUACAAGAUCGGCAAGAAAUCCGUCACAGUUCGACGAAUCCAGGUGCAUCAGGCACCGUAACAGGUCAGCAAGAAAUCAGUCACAAUUCGACGAAUCCAGGUGCAUCAGACACCGUAACAGGUCGGCAAGAAAUUAGUCACAAUUCGACGAAUCCAGGUGCAUCAGACACCGUAACUGGUCGGCAAGAAAUCAGUUACAAUUCGACGAAUCCAGGUGCAUCAGACACCGUAAAAGGUCAGCAAGAAAUCGGUCACAAUUCGACGAAUCCAGGUGUAUCAGACACUGUAACAGGUCGGCAAGAAAUCAGUCACAAUUUGACGAAUCCAGGUGUAUCAGACACUGUAACAGGUCGGCAAGAAAUCAGUCACAAUUUGACGAAUCCAGGUGCAUCCCACACCGCAACAGGUGCUGAUUUGUCGGAUCCGGUCGCAUCGGAGAAUGUAAUUGAGGUGAGAUCUGCAGCUAAGUUUGAUGUGUUGGAGGUGAGUAAGGUAACAGCAGGGCAAGAGCUGAAAGCGAAUGUUUCUGAACAGAAGAGAGACACUUGUAUUGCCAUUGAUGUCAGAUGUGGUAGUGGAGGAUUGGAUAGUGGGAAUUGGGAUGGGGAGAAGGUCUGUCGGAUUUGUCAUUUGAGUUCUGAUCGCCGAUCGGACGGUUCAGAUUUGAUUCAGCUUGGUUGUGGAUGUAAAGAUGAACUCGGCAUCUCCCAUCGGCACUGUGCUGAGACCUGGUUUAAGCUGAAAGGCAACAGGAGUUGUGAAAUUUGUGGUGAGGCUGCAAAAAAUGUCACCGGGGUAGGAGACAACCGAUUCAUGGAGGAGUGGAAUGAGAGGAGGAGGUUGCGUAUUGGUACUAGUAGUUCCUCAGAGAGGGGGAGAUGCUGGCGUGUGCAGCCAUUCUGUAAUUUCUUGAUGGCAUGCCUGGUCAUAGCCUUCAUACUUCCAUGGUUUUUCCGUGUAAAUAUGUUUUGAUGGAAUGAUGAUGAGACGCAUCUUUGAGGAGCAUCCUAUCAGGUACAACACACCCAUGCGAGGGACACUGGUGUAUAUGGUGUGAUAUUAAGCCCACCACAUGUUGCAGUUAGGCGUCUGGUCUUGUAGACUUGGUUUGUGCAACAUAAGUCCCAUGCAAAGUAAAGCGGGGGAAGCUAGGCCACAUAAAACAAUGUGGGGCCAUGGACCACUUUGAUUACACCUCCAUCAUGUUAGAAUUGCUUUAGGAUAUGUUUGUGAUUUUUGGGUUGUGAGAAAUGGCUCUUUAAUCUCUUUAUUUGGGGUCUAUUGGAAAAUGAGUACCCAUUUGUACAUAUAAAUUCAGUAGCAGGUUUGAAACUUUGAACAAUCUGUUCUACAUAUGUAUGAUUUAAAUGAAAUUGUGCUUUUGGGUUU